AUGUUAUCAAGAUUUGUAAGAACAGGUUUAAAUUCACAAAAUAAACAUCAAAUUGGUGGUAUUCAAUUUGGAGUUAGAUCAUUUCAAACUUCAAAACCAACUCUUGCAAGAUGGGAAAAAGAACAAGAUAAACCACCAACAUUUAAAAAAGUAGUUGAUGAUGCAGCAACAGCAUUCUUUAUGACAGAAAUUAUGUGGGGUUUAUAUAUUACAAUGGGAUACUUUUUUAGAAAGAAAUGUACAAUAAAUUAUCCUUUCGAAAAGGGUCCAUUAUCACCACGUUUCCGUGGUGAACAUGCUUUAAGAAGAUAUCCAACUGGUGAAGAAAGAUGUAUUGCAUGUAAACUUUGUGAAGCAAUUUGUCCAGCUCAAGCAAUUACAAUUGAAGCAGAACCAAGACAAGAUGGUUCAAGAAGAACAACUCGUUACGAUAUCGAUAUGACUAAAUGUAUUUAUUGUGGUUUCUGUCAAGAAGCUUGUCCAGUAGAUGCAAUUGUUGAAGGUCCAAACUUUGAAUUCACCACCGAAACUAGAUUAGAACUUUUAUAUAAUAAAGAGAAAUUACUUGCAAAUGGUGAUAGAUGGGAAACUGAAAUCGCUUCAAAUAUUGCUGCUGAUUAUCUUUAUCGUUAA